AUGGACUCUGGCUUUGACAGAAUUUGCUUUCAGAUAUGUUCCUUAGAAAGCUUCAAAGGACAAGCUAUGGCAGAUUUCCUAGCAGGCCAUCCAAGAGAAGAAAUUGAAAACAUGGACUCCUUGGAUAUAGCAAAUGCAGAUCUGUUGACAAGAGCUCAUACUUGCCUAAACAAUCCUAUCUAUUCAGUUCACCUCACACCUUGGAAGUUAUACUUUGAUGGAUCAAAGACUGACACAGCUUCUGGGGCAGGAAUUGUUUUGGAAGAACCACUUGGAAUCAGACACUGUUAUUCUUUCCAGUGCACCAACAAUAGGGCAGAAUAUGAGGCUUUAAUCAUUGGCCUUGAAAUGCUGGUGGAAUUAGGAAUCCAGUAUGUGGAAAUUCUGGGAGAUUCUAUGCUUGUGCUGAAACAGAUUGCUGGAGAAUACAAGUGCCUAAGUCCUUCUCUAGCUGUCUACUUAGUAGCAGCUAGGAAUCUUCUAACAGAAUUCAGAGAGGCUACUUGGGAACACAUCCUAAGAGAAGAAAACUUUGCAGCCAAUGAGCUGGCUCAGGUAGCAACAGGCAUACAAAUGCCUGAAGACUGUGUACAGAGAAUCAUCAGGGUAUGA